AUGGCAACGACGGCGAAUAACUGGAAGACACCUGACACAUCGGUCUCGGGGCAUUACAAUUGCGAUCAUACGAUGAAGUCCAGGAGCCAGAGGAUCCCGAGAAUGAUUCUACGUGGAGUUCGACUUCAAGGAGUAGUUAGGAGGUCCCAGGCAAGAGGCCUUGCCUUUUCGAUUGUUGCUACUUUUCUGCUAGCAUUCUUAAGCGUGGAGAUCCGGCGACACGUGGACGAUGCGGCCGUGUGUGUGGAGCAUGGAUGCAGUGGCCCGGAGGCGGACGUGCGCCUGGAGCGCGGAGGCGGCGGUCCGGCGGAGCGUGGAGAGGCGCAGGUGGGCACUUACUUCCUCCGCAACUACUACAAUCUGUUGCAGCAGAACCCCGAUGUCGUCCACCAGUUCUACAGCGAAGCAAGCACCAUGGUCCGGGUCGACGACCUCAACGGGACCAGCACCACUGCUAACUCAAUGAUGGUUGCUAUCUCUCACAAUAUAUAUAUUACUUUUAUAUGUGUCAACUUUAAGGAUAUACACUCCCUUAUCAUGUCCCUCAAUUUCACCCAAAUUGAGAUAAAAACUGCGAACUUUGCCAACUCAUGGGGAGAUGGGGUGCUAGUGAUGGUCUCUGGUCUUGUACAGACCAAAGAGUACAGCAACCAAAGGAAAUUUAUCCAGAUGUUUUUCCUUGCGCCUCAGGAGAAAGGUUACUUUGUGCUCAAUGAUUAUUUCCACUUUGUUGACCAAGAACAAGUGCAACCUGCACAGGUGAGAGCUCAGGAAGCCUUUGAGACCAACAUGGCAUCCAACACAGUCCAAACAAGUGCGGAGUACAUUCAUGAAGAAAGUCAAACAAUGCAAGCUGUUCCAGUAACAUCUGAAGAAAAUGAUGCUGUUGACAGUUACACUUACUCUGAGCCACCACAGCAAGUAGUUUCUCAGUCGGACAACUGGGGAGAUGAAUCUCUUCAAGAAGAACCACUUUCUUCCUUCUCGAAUGGAAUGGCGAUGGCACCAGAGGAGCCAGCACACCCUCCACCUGUGCAGCCUCAUGUUGAGGAACCUGUUGGGGAGCCCGUAAAGAAGACAUAUGCUUCUAUUCUAAGAACUGCAAAAGCCCCGCCUCCGUUCCCUAUUGCUCAAUCAGUGCCUGUGAGUAAACCUCACCCUACAACAGAAGCAAACCAGGCAACUCUAGUGACUUCAUCGGUGGCAGCAGAUAAGCCAAAAUCUGACUUCUACACAGAAGGCCAUGACGAAGAAGAGAGCAAAUCUGUUUAUGUUGGGAAUGUGCCACAAAAUGUAACUGAGGCUGAUCUUGAGAAUGAGUUCAAGAAGUUUGGCCAGCUCAUCCCUGAUGGUGUUGCUAUCAGAAGCCGAAAGGAGACUGGUGGCUACUAUGCUUUUGUGGAAUUCGAGGAACUGAGUGGCGUUCACAAUGCAUUGAGGGCUUCACCACUUGAAAUAAAUGGGCGGCAGAUAUAUGUCGAGGAGCGGAAGCCUAACAGUGGAAUAAGGGGAGGAAGAAGGGGGGGAGGCAGAGGUCGCUUUGGCGGCAGUGGCAGAGGAUAUGCGAGAGGUGAUGAGUACAGCGGUAGCCGUGGAAAGUCGAAUGGUUAUCAGCGUGUCCCUCACCACGAGAGGGGCAUUUUGGGGGCAAGGAACUGA